CAGAAAUCGCACACUUUGCAGCCACAGCCUCCGCUCCGUUCUUUGCAGCUUUUUGGAGGCAAUCAUGGCCUGUUCAUCCAUCCUCUCAGAGAAGGCCCUGGCACGCUUCCGCACCAAGCCGUGUGAGCGCUUGCUGGCGCAAGGGCGCUGCGACUUUCAGGACAAAUGCCAAUACUCGCAUCAGAACUGGGUGAGGCGCAAUCCCUGGAAGGUCGCCUACACGCCCGAGCGCUGCACUCAAGAUGGCUGUACGGACCGCCGCUGCCGCUAUGCACACUCGGAAGAGGAGGUGAUGUACCACCCCCAGAACUACAAGGUGCGCAUUUGUGAGCCUCACAACUGCUGUGGGUUCUAUUGUCCUUUUGCCCAUGGCCCCAAUGAGCUUCGGCAAGCCUCUGAUGUGGAGGUGAACAGCCAGGUGGACAGACCAGACACCGUUGAAGAGGAGGAUACCAGCUUCCUGCGCUUCGACGACCGCUUGCGAAUCCACAGGGCUGAUUGGGAGAGCUGCGCUGGGAAGCCAGGUCUCCUGCGCGGGGAGCUCAAGGACAAGCAUGAUGUAAGCUGGAGCUGCCUGGUGCAGAUGGUGCCAUACUGCCGUGCACAGCGCAUGGAGGCCGAGGAGGUCGUCCAGGAGGUCCGUCACUGGAUCCGGAGCAGCAAGGAGGGCCCCAUGACCUUGCGACGCUCGGUGGCCACAAUCUGCGUUCUGUGGCCGCCCAAGGCGGCGUCCUGCCAGCCGCUGAGCCUCUGCGCUCCAUGCUCCUCCACACGGACGUUGCUGGAGCAGCUGGCGUGGCAGCUGGGGGAGAUACACUGGAUGGGCAUUGCUCAUUGUUGUUUGUCGCCCAGAUCCGUUUUCUUGCAGAGUGAGAAGUCAGGGAGGUUUGUCUUGGGCGACUUCGUUGAGAAGGUGCGUCUCCUCUCUUUCCUCAACGGACACUGCAAGGUGGAGGAGGACAAGGACUUUGAGUCGUGGGCUUUGUGGCAGCCGCCCGAAGUCUUGAAGAAGAUCAAGGAACGUGCACCUCGGGGGCAGCAGGAAGGCGACGAGACGAAGUUGGAUUUCUUCUUGGUGGACGUUUGGCAACUGGGUGCUGUGGUCUUCUAUGCUCUCACUGGCUACCAUCCAUUCAACACCUGUGAACACAUCAUGAAGAACAACCUUGUGAACAUCUCAAAGGCCAAUCAUUGCCCUCAGCUACGCAAGCUGCUGAAGCAGAUGUUGGCCCCGGCCUCCCGAAGGUUGAGCUUGUCCGCUCUUCAAGCAGCUUUGCAGAAGCUCCCGGUGGAGGUAGCUCAGGCGGACCUCGACUCCGAGGCACAGGUGGGCGCCAGACUGCGCUGUGUGUGGCCCGAUGGUGUCCAGCUUCGGAGGAACUUCGGGCAAGACAAAUUGCCCUUAUGGCUGCCGGCAGGUGAUGAAUGUCUCAUCUUGGAGCGCCGGCAGGAUUGGAUCCGCAUGGCUCAGGGGUGGCUGCCGUUGUGGGGAGACCGCGCCAGCGCGGAGUUCCAGCCGCUCUUUGAGGUCGAAGAGGUCGCAAAGAAGGAGAUGGAGACGAAGGUGACCAACCAAAAGGAGCCAAGUGAGUCCGAGGGACAGACCUUCGCUCCUGGAGGUGGCCUGCUCUCCAUCGAAAGCCCCUUGGACAUGACGACCAUGAACGCCUUCUGGCAUGGCUUCAAUGAUGCCCUUUUGGUUCGCUCCCAGGAGAUGCUUUGGGGCCACUCCAAAGAGCACUCAGAUUCGUCUCAGGAGGCAGCUAGCGCAGCCAGCACAGCCAGCGGAGCAAGCAAUAUGCAGCCCGCCAAGAUUGCUCUGAACAUUCAACUUCUUGAUUCCAAGAGUUCGUCUUCGUCAGAGGAAAACGAUUUCGUGUGGAUGUGAGUGAUGUUUUCUCCGCGGUGCUCGGGCUGCAUGUGCAGUCGGCGUUGGCAGUUUGGACGAACACGAUGGCGAAGCACAGAC